UCCAACGCCCAUCUGAAAGGUCCAUUUGCUGUCGAGCCGAGGGUUGGUCCUUUAAUAUAAAUGAGUCAUUGAGCUUGUCAUGACCCAUAUAUCCCACUCUCUCUCAACUUCACAAAAUCCAGAAUGCCAGAAACAAUGAUUCCUUCAACAAUAAUGACCAUCCUCCUAGUUCUCCUCACAUGACUUUGGUCACUUAUCUCUGCCUCCUCAAAAUCAAAACACAUAAAACUACCACCCGGCCCUCGGAUUGCCAAUAACCAGAAACCUCUAUAUGUUAGGCAACCUCCCCAAUCGAAGCCUCCAACAAUUGGCCAAAAAAUAUGGACACAUCAUGUCCAUUCGUCUAGGCAAUGUUUCUACCAUGCAUACUACCAUAGUAGUCUCCUCCCCACAAGCCGCAGAGCUAUUCAUCAAAACUCAUGACACUAAUUUCGCCAGCAGGCCCAAAAUCCAAGCCUCAGAGUACCUGUCCUACAGCACAAAGGGCAUGGCCUAUUCCCAAUACGGUCCCUAUUGGCACCAUAUGAGGAAGCUCUGCAUGCUUCAUCUCUUCUGUCUAGCAAAAAUGGAAGCUUUCACGCUGCUGCCAAAGGAGGAACUGGGAGUGCUGGUAAGAAAGCUGAAGAGAGCUGCAGAGGAAGGUGGAGUCAUGGAUAUUAGUGAGACGAUUGGUGUGAUGAAUGAGGACAUAACGUAUAGGAUAGUGUUGGGUUGUAAAAGGAAUGAUAUGUUUAAUUUGAAAGCCAUUGUUGAGGAAACGCUUUUCUUGACUGGGGCUUUCAAUAUAUCAGAUUUUGUUCGUUCCCUUGCUGCACUUGAUAUUCAUGUAUGCUAAUCCCAAGCUCCUAACUCUUUUCCCAUAGGCAGCUCUCUUUGAUGGUUAAUUAAUAUCCGAACUGAUGCAAUGGUAGACAAUUCCGGCCAAAUCUUCUUAAUUCUACAUUAUUGUUUUCAUGUAUGGAGCUGGUUUACCAUUACAUAUACCAUACACUAAACGAUUUGAAAUUUUAAACUGGAACCCGGUUGUAUAGCAGUACAGGUGAGGGCACUUCUAAGACUUCUUUGUUUCUAUGAACUACUUGAUUAACAAAGUAGACGUCAACAUAACGAACCUAGUUUUGGGAAAGUAACCAGCAGAUAGCCAGUAGUAAUCAGUUCGGAGUAAUCAUUGAGUGAUUGAAGAUGUGUGAAUAAAACUUCACUUCUCGAAUCACAGUAGAAAAAAGCACAAUGGUAUUAGACUAUUAGGAUUUGUUUGAAAGUUAAAACUAUAUUAAAGAUGCUUUAGUAAAUUGAUCUGUGGUCGAUUAAUUUUCCCAUUUUGCUCAAAUUGAGAUAGUGGAAGAAUCACACAAACCUAAACCUAAAAUGACUUCCCAAUAUUGCACGUUUUCAUUAUCAGAGGUAGAGUAAUAGUAUAUGACACGUAUUAAGUAAAUUAAUUAGAUCAAGAGCUAGAGCGAUCACCAUUUAUUGCUCAAGUGCAACGAAUCUUAUAAUUUGUUCUGCAGUAG